ACUGUGUUGGAGAGAGACCUGGGCUCCUACUGCCGUAAGACCAUGAGCUACGACCCCAAGAUGGUGCUGGAGGAUAUGAAGAUCUGCCACACUACCUGCUUCAAGGUAAACACUAUUUCAAUAUUGAAAUAUUAACACCGUAAUCUAAUAAAUAUUUUAGUGUCCGUGUCUGAGCGUGCGUACAGAGGCUUCUGUCUUCUUAUCCGAUCUGCAAUAUUGUGAUAUAAAUAGGUUACAUUUGCACUACUAGAUCCAAUAAUUGAUUGGAUUACAUCCAACCAUCUCCUCAUUAAGAUUGCAUCUUGAUCUUCUUCUUCGUCUAAUGAGAGUAUCUGACAUUGUGUGUCUCUGCAUCCCCAGUGUGAGGUGUGUAGCAGUCCCUGGGGCCAUCUCAAGGCAGGGGACAGUAUGUGGGUUUACAGAGUUCCACUGUGA